AUGUUACUGCGCUUCCUAUCUGUGACAGGAGCCCUCUGCCUCAGCAGUGCUGUUGCAGCGUCUCUCCCUCCUAAAGAGCCAUCGGCCCGUCUUCAUGAGGUCAAUCUUCCUUACGGAGAAUCUUCUCAUCAUCCUGCACGCUACUUGGCCGUCAACUUCACUGUGGAAAACACCACUUUACGCGCCAACAACGACACCAUCUUCCCACAGACUUUCCCCAUGGAAUUCACCGCUAUCCAAAACCAGGGACACAAGCAAAAGUCCCUCCGAAUAGCAUACUCGCUUGAGACUCGACCAAUCCUGGCUUCUCCAGACACUCUCGGCGAGGCCUACCUAUUCAAGCUCAAAUUCUUUGACAUGCACGGUGAUCUCGCAACAGACCACCUAGUGCUCCUCACCAUCACCACCGACUCCAACGGGGUUCUCACAAUCACAGAAGUAAACACCACUCCGCUUCCUCAUCACAUCCACUCAAUGCAGACCAACUGCCUCGAUCGUCCCAAAUCCAACCCCGCCCCCCAAAAAUCCUGGAUCGCUCAACUGGGUGGAACCCUCAGGAUCUUCAAAUUCGGCACAAAAGGCUGCAAAGACAUCAUGACAGGGACCUCCGUACCCAAAUACCACCAGAAGCUUCCUAGACUCAAACCCAAACCCAGACCUGGACCGAAAACCCAUGGUGGGAACGACAAAGGCCACCACCACCCGGACCCUCACCGCACUGUCGCCCCUUCAGGCCGCUACCAUCAUCCGCAUUACUGGCAUGGCUCGCAACAGAAUUUCAGCAAGCUCGUCAAACCGAUCAUUCUGCCUGCCGUACUGGGCGCCAUCACGGGAUUGACCGCAUGCGUGUUAGGAUUUGCAUUGGGUCGGAUCAUCAUCGCUCUGUAUCAUUGUUGCUAUGGCAGGAAUAAGAAGCAGAGACGACAUGACGUCUCUGAGAUUCUGAUUGAUGAUGCAGAGAGGAAGCUUGUAAUCUUCUCGGGGAGAAGAAAAGGCUACUGA